CCCGAUCCUUCUCCCUCAAACAACAGAGAUACAAAAAUCUCUUGCGCCUACUUCGACCGCACUGGGUCCCUCGUAUCUCCCCACAAACAACUAACAAAAGCCGAAAUAGCCCAACAAUUCGAGCUUCGGCACCGCGAUCUGCGCGACAUCGACCUCAAAUCUGAAUCCGUAACACGCAUUCUUGUCCGUCCCGCCACCAUCCUCCUCCAAUUCUUCGACCUCUGCAUGAUCAUUCAAGUCGACGAAGCUCUCCUGAUCAAUCUGCAUGACCCGCACAACCACCCCAAUGGCGCAGUGUACCACGAUUUCGAACGGCGUAUGUCAGUCAAAGAGACAGCCGAAGUCCCCGAGCUGCCCUACGAACUACGCGCCGUCGAAGCAGCCUUGAUGGCCGUCCUGUCCAUUCUCCGUGAGGACCUCCUCCAGGCACGACAGGACGCCGAACACAGCGCGGCACACCUCAAACUCGAGUCCGGUCUGGCGGCAGUCGGCCUCGACAUGCUCUUCGAGCACUCACGCCAACUCAGCAAGAUCGAGCAGAAAGCCCGUCUCGUGCGUGACACGCUGCGCGAAGUCCUCGAUACAGACGAGGAUCUGGCGGGAAUGUAUCUAACAGACCGGAAGGCGGGCAAACCCCAUGAGACCACCGACCACCAGGAGGCGGAGUACAUGCUGGAAGCGUACCACACGGCUGCUGACGCUCUUGUCGAGUCCGCGCGUGCAGCAAACAGCGUCAUUCGCAAGAAGGAGAACACAUUCCGAUCCAGUCUGGCCGUGCAAAGAAAUCAGAUCAUGUUUCUUGAAGCCAAGAUUGCGAUCCACACACUCGGUCUCGCUGCUGGAACUUUGGUAGCGGGUCUGUUUGGUAUGAAUCUGGUCAACUUCGUCGAGGAGGCGAGGUACGGUUUCGUCAUGGUGACCGGGGCGUGUGUGGUCAUCAGUGCGAUCUUCUCGGUCUAUGGGAUGAGGAACAUACAACGGAUACAGAGGUUGAAGGACAUU